AUGCUGCGGCCCUGCUCUCUCGCCCGGGUCCUAGGAGCAAGCACACGAACAAUCCCUCCACUUAGGCCCUUCUCUCUAUCCGCCUAUUCCCUUGGCUCCAAACCCCUCCCUGCCCGGUUAAAGAUCGAAGAUGCCGAUCUGACCGUAUCAUACCUCAAAGGUUCCGGCCCCGGAGGCCAGAAAAUUAAUAAAACCAACUCCGCCGUUCAGCUGAUCCAUAAACCUACCGGUAUUGUGGUCAAGUCGCAGGCGACUCGUUCGCGCUCCCAGAAUGAGAAGAUUGCGCGCUCACUCCUCGCCGAUAGGGUUGAGCAGCUGCAAAGUGGGGAUCAGAGUCGAAUUUCUCUCAAAGCGGAGCAGGCGCGGAAAAAGAAAGCUAGUAAGGUAAAGAAGAGCCGCAGAAAAUAUCGCGAGUUGGAAGACCAGCAGGAUCCGCAGGGGGCAGUCGAAGAUGGUGCUGGGGAACACCAUCAAGAAAAAUCGGCUGGGAAAGAGGCGCCUUCCCAUUCCUCGUGA